AUGCGGUCUCAGGUUCGUCUUGCCAAGAGAGACCGAAAUGCGACUCCUUUACCAUACACCGCAUCGCCGCUCAGGCUGGUGUUGAGCGACAUCUUGUUGGUUUUUGCGAAUGCAUGGGCAUCCCCGGAGCUCAUUCUGCCUCUUUGCCUCGGACGGACAAAAUCGCUCGAUGAGCUUCAUCCAUCCUUCCAAAAUGGAGUAUCAGUGGUCACUCAGGCGUUCCUUACCAUCGGACAGGUUCUUUUUCUUCUAUCCUUGCCGCUUGCAAUCAUAUUCAUGAUUCCCGCUCUGUGGAUCAUAAUAUACAUCGCAGCCAGCUUGCUUCUGAACUAUGUGAUUUGCAUGCUGGUAUUGAACGGCUUUCGGCGAGUUUUGGUAUCACAGGUACCGGUAGACAGCCCUGGCCACGAGCGGGAACAGUGGUUCUUUAUAAACGGAGUGGCAGGCGGUUCCCAUUGGCUACAGAACAGCAUUGAUCAGCUGUCGUACACCUUUGGUCGGAAAGUCACCGGGAUCCAUAACCGCACCGCGGGCUUACCGUUUGACUUGGUCGAGUGUUUGAUCCAGCGCGGUUUUGCCUAUGCCACUGCUGACGUGCGAGUGGCAUAUCCCCUGGUCAAAAGGGCACUGUUAAAUCUCUCGUGUGAGAAGGUAGUCCUCAUUCUUCACAGCCAGGGAGGUAUCGAGGGUGGUUUGAUCAUCGAUUGGCUAUUGGAUGAAAUGCCUCAGGAUCUUCUUCAGAAGUUGGAAGUUUAUACUUUUGGAAACGCUGCUAACCACUUUAACAAUCCUCAUCGAAUAUGGCGAUGUGGAAACGGCGAGCGUUCGAGAAUCCAGCGACGAGCCAACCGGUCUAUUGGAUACAUUGAGCACUAUGCCAAUACGGCCGACCCAGUUAGCUGGCUGGGGGUUCUACGCUUUGCCAAUAUCCCGAAUCGCUACAUGGGCCGGCUCUUUGUUCGCCCUGGAUCAGGGCAUCUGUUGAAUCAACAUUACCUAGACAACAUGUUUACCCUUGGUCCUGAUAUGAUGGUUCUAGAAUCGAAUCCUUUCAUGGAUAUGGAGGUUGAUACCAAAACUGACAUGGCUCCGGGGAAGACUAUGCGCGACUCAGAGUCAGAGGAUCGUGAAGAGACAUUGUUCCCUAUUCCUCGCAUCGAGAGCCAACUAAGACAGACAUGCGAGCCAAACAAUGUCCGAGGGCUUCUUUAUGUCAAGGACUUCAGUCGUCUCUGGGCAUACCGGAAUGGAGGCUCUCCAGAAGAAUCAAAGACUCCAUGCUGCUAA